CUGAAAUUUAUUGAUACAUUUUAAUUAAGUAAUUAUUAAAUAAGUUUUUAAGAUAUGCUUAAAUAAGGCAGUAUUAAAGGUUCUUAAGUCAGCUAAACAAGACCAUAAACAAGCAAACCGUUUACAAAAGUAGGUUAAGAACAAUCUGUAAAUCCUUCACCAAGGAAGGAUGAUUUGAGAGAUUCAAAUUUGAGGAAAUCAAAAGAGGAUUUUCCACUUAGAGAUUCAAAUUAAUAUUAAGAUUAAUAACCUCGUAAGUAAUCUCCUCCUCUUUUUAAAUACAAAGCGAAAUUUGUUGCAAAAAAGUUCAAUCCUUUCGAGUAGCUAGAAUAAGAAAAGAAAGCUGAAAAUUAGUAGCUUGAGGAAUAAACAGAGGAAUAAAAAAAUCUAGAAAAGAACUCAACUCAUACGGUGAACUCAUUAAAUAGCUCGCAUAAAUUUAAGAAAUUGAGUAAUUAAGAAUUAAAUUUGAUUAGUCCUAUAGCACCUUCUCUAGGUUCAGAUAAAAAUGUAUUUUUUUAGGAAAAACAAAUUACGCAGUUGAUUUAAGUUGAUGAAAACAAUAUUGUUAUAAACGAAAAUCAAUCUAAAUAAGAGACUGAAGAAAUCAAUGAUGAUAAUUAGGAUAAAUUAAAUGAAGUUCAAAAAGUUUAGUAAGAAUUUAAGAAGGUAAGGCCUCAUACUGCUGCAAUAAUGAAGGCUUAGCCUAUUAAAAAUAUAUUUGAUGCUGCUAAGGUGUAUGAAAGGUAUUUAAAAAAUGAGAUUGGUCCACAAACUGAUGAAUAAGGAUAAAUAAAAUAAUACACAAUUUUGGGAAAACCAGAAUGGUUUAUAAAAUAACAAAAAGAAUUUAACAAAAAAAUUAAAGCUCCAACAAUUACUAUUAUGGAUAAUUCUUUAAAUGGAUAAGUGGAUAAUAAAUUAAUUGAUACCAAAUCUAUGUGCUCAAACGACAAGCUUGAUAAAAAUGAUACUUCAGUAUUUUAGUCCAGACAAAUUAGUUAAGCUAAUUUAGGAGUAGGAGGAAGUAAUGUUCCCAAGGUGAUAUCUAUGAAUAAUUUAACUUAGACUCAAUUUACAAAGGCUUCUAAGAGAGCUAAUAAAGAAGAGGAUGUAUAAGUUCAAGAGCUUGAUGAAGAAGAGUUGCAGAUAUGCAUUGACAAGGUUAUUUAGAGAGUGCAGUCUAAUAAAGAAUUUGCAAAAAGAGAAAAUGAGAAAUAAAUAUCGAAAUUUAAAAAAGGUGACUAACUUUACUUGACAAAAGAAGCCAGAAUUUUACAGCAAUUUGAAGAUGUGCAAAAAUAAUAAUAAAAAAUAAUUGAAUUAAGGUGUAAAUAAGUAGGAAAAAAAUUUGAAGAUUCGCUUUGGUUAAAAGAUGGUGAAGUUAGAAGCAAAAAUGAAAUCAAAUAAGUUCUUGAAAUGGUUAAAACUGAUUUGGAAAAGUUUGGAGGAUAAAAUUAUUGGUAAAAGAGACUACGUAAGGAUAAAGAAGAUAGAGUUAUAGCAGUAGAAGCAAUUUAAAAGCUUGUAAAAGAGGAUAACCCUCUCAAUUUUAAGCCUAAAAAUUAGUUUGAUCAAGAAAUGAAAGUCUAAAUAGUUGAGUAAGUUCGUAAGCCCUUUAGUUCAAAACUUAGAACAGAAAAAUAAAACGAGCUACCUUUUCAUAGUUUCAAGAGCCAUGAUUAUCUUUAAAGCAAAAUUUAAGAUAGGAAAUAUUUUAUAAAUGAAAUUGCUCGAAUUGAUAACAAAGAUAUUGAAAAUAUAGAAAUUGUAGGCAAGAAUGUCCUCAGAUAGGAGAUUCAAACACUAAAAAAUAAUGCAUCUGAAAAGAAUUUUAUAAUGAAAGUAAAGACAUAAAAGAAAGAAUAGACUUAAAUUUAAACUCCAGUUGAGGAAGUACAAGCAAAAUAGGCUGAUAAAAAACACUUAUCCCCAAGAAACAGAGCAAUAUUUGACAAAAAAAUACCUCACACUUCAAACGGCACUCGUUUAUAAUCACCAAAACAACCAACAUCUGUUAAUUUACGUUCGGUAGUUAAAAUAUUAACCCUUCCAGAAAAACCAGCCCUAGUACUAUUUUUAGAACAAUAAUAAAAUCUUCAAAAUUAAGAAGAAGAAAUAAUAGAGGAAAAGUAUAUUCCUUAUGAAAUGAGAAGAGGAGGAUAUGUUCAGCAAUAGAUUAAAUUGCAUUAUUGA